AUGUCCAUUCUUUUGGUUGAUUCAUACGAUUCAUUCACUUACAAUUUGAGAGAUCUUCUUCUCCAAUCAACUAAUGCACAUGUCAUCACAGUGCAUAAUGAUUCGUAUGACUUGAGUAGUGAGUCAGACAAAACAGAAUUGGACAUUCUGCUAAGAUCCGUAGACGCUAUUGUUAUCGGUCCAGGUCCGGGAUCGCCUAGUGUUGCUUCUGACAUUGGGAUCAUACCCUAUGUUUUUGAAAAAUGUCAGUCAAAGCCUAUUCUUGGAAUUUGCCUGGGGUUUCAAAUUCUUUGCUUGGUGAAUGGAUGCAACGUGGAUUACCUCAAGGACCCAAUUCAUGGUCAAGUUCACAAGAUUGACAUAGUGGAUGCUUCGUCAAUCUUUCAAAAUUUCCCAAGCUCAGUAGAUUCGGUUAGAUACCAUUCCAUAUACGUCAGUGACAUCACGCCAUCUGAUUCUAUCAAAGCUUUGGCAUAUUAUACAGAUCACAAGCCUGGCAGCAGCAAAGUAUUGAUGGCUGCUCAGCAUACCAAAUAUCCGCAUUUUGGAGUCCAAUACCACCCCGAGUCAAUAUGCUCAACUUUUGGAAAAGAUUUGAUACAAAACUUCUGGAAGCUGGUAGAGGCUACACCUUCUAAUGAUAUUCUGCCAGUACUAUCCCAUGAUAAACAUCUAGUAACUUCGAGUCCUUUAAUUAGUGAGUUUAAGUCUACAAAUGAUUACAACAUCAGCUAUAAGACUCUUACACUGGAUGCUUUCAGCAACGGUCAAAUCGAUGUUUUGGAUCUAUGUGACCUUCUGAUUGCGCAAAAGAAUGAUAUAAUGCUGUUGAAUUCGGCGUCAUCACCUGGUGAAUGGUCAAUAAUUGCAUUACCAACUAUAGGAGAAUCCGAGGUUAUUACACACUCAACAGAGAAUGCUGAUGUUGUAAAACUGUCGAAAUGGAAGUCGGAUUCCCUUCCCUCAACCAUUCAUACAAACGAUAUGUUUGAAUAUUUGGCAGACUACAUGAAGAACAAAUUUUACAAUCCAAAAAUGGAAAACAUUGAGCUAAAAUCCUGUCCCUUUGUUGGGGGGCUUGUAGGUUAUGUAUCCUACGAAGAAGGAAGUUUUAUUGAUACUAAGAAGCUCUCAAAAAGAACAAAGUCCGACAUUGAUGAUACAAAGCUCUGUUUUAUUGAUAGAUUUAUUGCAAUCUCACCAAAGAAAUCCAUAUUUAUAGUCUCCAUAAAAAAGAAGGAUGACGAAUUCCUGUCAAAUAUUGAGCGUAUACUGUUGUCUAACACAAGAAAAUCAGAUGCUGUGCCACUAACAGAGUUGUUUGCAAAGACGAGAAUUAGAACGCCGGAUAAGAGUAAAUAUUUUGACACUUUCCAUAAGUGUCAAACGUUUCUUCACUCUGGAGAUUCUUACGAGCUUUGUUUAACUUACAAUACAAUUGUUCAAAUUCCUGACUCAAUCAAGCCUUGGGAAGUAUAUAAAUCGUUGGUCAAGAAGAAUCCAUCGCCCUAUUCAGCAUUUAUCAACUUCGAGUCAUCUAUGUUGUUAUCAACAUCACCAGAAAGAUUCAUUUCUUGGACCCCAAAGUCAUGUCAAAUGCGUCCAAUCAAAGGAACAUUGAAAAAACACCCUAAAUUAAACUACGAAAAGGCUUGUCAACUUUUGAGAAUACCAAAGGAAAUCGGCGAGAAUUUAAUGAUUGUGGAUUUGAUCAGAGACAACCUGCUCUACUUGCUGGAAAAAAUAAAUGUCACAAAGUUGAUGUCUGUUGAAGAAUACGAAACUAUCUUUCAACUAGUUUCUGUCAUAGAGGGUGAGUUUACUAAUCAGUUUAAAGGUAUCGAUGUACUGAGAAAUUCUCUCCCUCCGGGUUCCAUGACUGGAGCCCCAAAGAAAAGGUCAGUUGAAAUUUUACAACAACUUGAAGAGCAACAGCGCCGUGGGCUCUAUUCUGGUAUAUGUGGAUAUUGGUCAGUCAACGACAACGCUGAUUGGAGUGUCAUUAUUCGUUCUUUGUUCCGGUAUUUUGAUGACCUAGAAUGUUGUGAAGGUUUUGAUACUUACAGAUGUGGUGCAGGAGGUGCAUUGACUGUUUUGAGUACCGAUGAAGGUGAAUGGGAUGAAAUGUUAGUUAAAUUACAUAGUGUUCUUCAAUUAUUUGAAGAAACGAGAUAG